AUCGAUUGUACACAACAUUCCCUUCGGCUUGUCAUACAGUGCAGAUGACACUUUUAUGAGAGUUGUUUUAGAAAAUGCCUAGGCUGCUUAGACGGGAAUCUUACAGAGCCGACGGGCCUCAUAUCUUGGAUAACAAGAAUUUCGACUUUACAAGUGAGGUGCCACCCGAUUACAAGUGCCCGCUAUGUCAUAAUCUACUUCGAGACCCGAUCCAGCUUAUUUCUUGUGGACAUCGCUUCUGUAACAGUUGCUAUUUGAAAAAUCUUGGGUAAGUUAAAACUGUUCUUUGCUAUUUUAAGAAGUUGUUAAAAAUCUAGUAUAAUGUACUAAACCUUUUUACUGUACAUCUAAAAAUUUAAACCUAAAAUUAAUACUCUUUAGCAAUUGUCCUUCAUCAGAUGUUUCGACUACAUUUUGACACCGCAAGUGACUUAAUAAUAAUAUUUCAUAGUUUCAUAAAAAAGUUAUAAUUAUUUCAAAGUUAAAACAUAUUGAAGACUAAAUUAUUACUUUCCAUUAGUUUAUGGAUUGUGAGACUCGAGCAUUAUAAUUUAGGGCAUUAUAUUACUCUCUUUAUAGAAAAUCGGAAUUUAAUAGCAUCUUUCAUUUCAUGGACAUUGUCAAAAUCCGAAUAUAUUUGCUUUGCAUGCUUGUCAACAUGAGUUCAGUAUUGUUUUAAUAUCAAAAGACAAAACAUUCUGCAUUCGAGUGAGAAAUUCCCGUUGUUUUUGCACUUAAAUUUGAUUAUAUUUGAGUGCUUUAAAAUAAUGUAACUAACAGAGACCCAUAGGCAUGACUUAUUUUAGUAUGGCCUAUGGUUAUUGUAUGGUUAAAUAAAAUUGAACUUAUAAAUUUUCAGUACAUUUUAAGAUUGCACGUUGAAGAAUAAAGUUAUACUGAUGUAACGAACAUUUUUAUAGUUGCAAAGUUUUCGUCACUCAUGCAUGCGAUAAUGUUAUACAUAUAUACAUAUAUAUAACCAAGGCAACGUUUGUUACUACAAACAUCUAUCAUGCAGUUUAAUUUUUUCACUUCAAUGCAGUUUUUAAAAAUUUAUAAUGACUUAUUUAUUAAAACAGUGCAUGGACGCAUUUGCAUGCCAAAUUCGUGUUGAAUUAUCCUAGGUUGACCUGUUUAUAAUUGUAUACUCAUUUUUGCCUGUAUUAGCUAAUCAUUAUAAACGUUUUCAAGCGACAAAAGACUUAUAAGGUAAAACGUAUCGCAGCAUUUGUAAUUUUAUUCGCAAACUUGAAACCCAAAGAAACGAGUUCGAACCCGGCCGCCCGAGACAAAGAAUUUUUCGUUCUAAAUUUAAUUAACUCCAGCUCUAAUUCAGCGCUAUAGCCUAUUUUGCAUGCUUUUUGUAUUAAUUGAAAUUUCUAACUAAAAUUGAUGUGUGGUCCAUAAAGGGAUCAAUAUUAACAGGUUUUCCAAUAAGCGAAAUUAAUUCUCUGUCAACAUUCGUAAUGUUUGGCGUUUGCAUACUAUAUAUUGUUUAACUGACUAAUUUGCUAUUACGCUCAAUAUAGUAUGUUUGCUUUGGCUUGUCGUAAAGUAAACGACUCAAAGAGAUUAUUGACAACGAUGUUAAAUUAAACUUAUUACUUUUGUGCUGUGUAUAUAUUAAAACGAAAAUUGACUUAAGACUUAUCUUGCAGGAAUAUCAGUUGGCACAUUGUUGCUAAGAUAUUAAGAUGCCUGAAAUUAUUAAAACAUUAGUCAUUAGAUGUUAUACCUGCAUGUUUAGCUUAUAUGUAUAUAACUAUGUAUUUAUAUAGACAUUUAAACGAACGGCAUUCGAAUUUACUGUUUUCGGAGACCUAGCUGAGAUGCUUGGUUUUCAUGCAAGCGGUGCAAAAAAGUAACGGCGUUUGUGUUCACACAAGCCGCCAAGCGCUUCGUUUUCAUCUCGCUCCGUUUAGAAACAGUGCUCAAAUUGUUACGGCAAUAGGCUUUGUUAAUUGGAAACUUAUAACGAAUUUUCCAAAACAUUUUUUUUCAUUGUUUUGAUUCCAUGCAUGACAUUAUCUAUAGUAUUAUACUAAUUCGUGUUUUAACGUUUUAAAACCUUUAUGCAUGCUGUUUGUCACUUAAUUUUUCACACAGCUGUUUUGUUUAUAACAUGGCUUGCUAUGCUGCAAAUUGACAUUUUGUCUUGUCCAAGCGUAUUUAAGGUCCUGGGCCCAACUAUAUUAAAAAAUAGAUACUUUAAGAAAUUGUUGGCUUUCAGGUAUUAUUGGGGGUGGGGACAUGGGUGGAGACAGUUGCCCCCCCCCCCAGUAUCCGCCACUGAUCUUACCUAAUAUAUUGCCUCUUAGAACCCCCCCCCCUAUAACUUUUCUAAUGGAAAAGUGAUUGGGGGGGGGGGGGAUUUUCUAAGAGGCAAUAUAUUUUUUUUGUACACCUGUAGAAGAAAUUUUUUUUCUCACUUGAUGGCUGGAAAUAUUUUUUUAAGUGAAAUUUAUAGGCCUAUCUUCCAAGCUAGAAAUGGGAAUAAUUUUUAUUUUGGUUUUUCCCUACCCCCCCCCCCCCCAAUCACUUUUCUAAUGGUCCAUCCCUAAAUUAACUUUUCUCUAAUUGUUUUUCUUCAGCAGAUAUGGGCUUAAUAGGCACUGUCCCAUUGACAGAAAAGAAUUCAAAGAGAGCGAGGUAUACAUGACAAUAUAACUAUAAUCUUUUGAUUACUUUGCUAUAUGAUUAAAAAUUAAAUAUUUAUGUCUUAAUUUACAACGGAACAAAGCCUUUAAUUACUUCAUCUAUCAGAUUUGAGGCUUAUUUGAAGAAAAAUUAAGUCCUAGAUCUUAAGAGCUAUAGCGUUCAAAAUUUAAUAAGUUGGGGGAACUUUGUGAUAUAAACUGACUUUCUUUGGUGUAUAAAUACAGAUAUAAGAGUUCUGUACUUUUGGAUUGCCUAGAUUGUUCACCUUCUAUGUCGCCUAUUUGCAAUGAAAAGUGUUCAAAAACAAAAUCUUUUUGGCGUCCUACCUUUGUUUUAGUAGCUUUAUUCUCUAUAGUUUAUACAGUUGGCUACCUUUUUAAUUAAAUGCAUUUGCCUGUUGAGAAACAUAAAGAAAUAGUAAAAAAUUGUUAAUUAAAAUACAAUUUGAUUAACGAUGUUUAAAAGUGACGCCAUAUUUACAACAAUAUAGGCAAAACUUACUGAACUUCAUGCAGACAUCAUUUUCUCUUUGGCGUACCAUCUAAAAUCCCUUUAUUUUAGGAUUAUUUUACAUGCAGAUUAAGCAUCAAAUGAUGCUUUUUAUCAAUGAUGUAUCGAUAGAAUUUUUGAAUGAACCAUUGAAAUACCAAAAUCGUGCUGCAAGAGUGAUUACUGGGGCAAUUUACGAUAUUCGGUCAUCUGAGUUGCUCGAUAAUCUAAAUUGGAAACCUCUUGAAGAAAGACGAAAUUAUCUUAAAUCUAUUUUCAUCUAUAAAAUUCUGAAUGGCCACACCGCACCCAGUCUUAAAGAAGCAUUUCAAUUUAACAAUGAAAGACAUAAUACUUACAAUCUUCGAAAUAGGGAUACUGAUUUAGCACCACCUAUGCCGAAAAAAGAAUUCGGCAAGAGGCGCUUCAGUUAUAACGGUGCCUUGCAUUGGAAUAAUCUUCCCCAUGAGGCAAAAAUUGCUGAAUCCUUAAGCUCUUUCAAAUCGAUAUUGAAACAAAGAAUGAGUUGAAAUUUGCUUGUGUGUAAUUGUGCGGCUAAAAUCACUUGUAUUUUUUUUUGUUAUAUUUUGUAUUUCUUGUAAAUAGUUAAUUUCUUGUAAAUAGGUAAUUUCACGCCCCUCAUGGAAACCAGCCUUCCAGCGACUGUUGAGGCUAGCGUGGUUUAAAUAAAGUUUUGUAUGUAUGUAUGUAACCAUAAGUGGUAUAUUAUACUCACUUGUGCCUGUUACGUAACAUACAAAAAAUUCUUCUCUUAAAUAUUAAUUCACAAAAUGCAACAAAUAUUUUUUGUUUUGUGUAUAGGUAUUCCAAGACCGCGCUUGGCGAAAUACGAUCAUGUCACUCAGAGUACGAUGUAAAUUCAAAAGUUGUCCCUGGACCGGAACAUUGAACUCUCUUUUGGAGGUAAUGGUUAAAAUUUGAAUUCUUGUCACAUGUCAACAAUAGUACAAUAACUUAGCUUAAAGUUCCAGACACAACGGACGCGAUUCGACAACGCGACGCGAUUUUUCGAUUUUCACUGACCGAUAACUUUGAUCCUAGUUUAAACUUUCUAAAUAUUUAGAAGCGCUAUAACAUUUUGAGUUAUUUGGUUUACAUAUCUUUUAAAAUUUGCUCUCAUUGGCUGUUUUAUUAACUUUCAGAAACUAAAAAAUCGCGUCGCGUUGUCGAAUCGCGUCUGGUGUGUCUGGACCUUAAGCAAGCGACUUUUUAUCUGCACAGACGGUCACCCGAAAAUUUGUAUGACUAUGACAUUUUGCAUCAUAGGGCUGGUGUAAGGAAGCAAAAAACUUUAAAAGCUUAUUAUUAUCUUCAUAUUUAUCCAGGAUACCCACAUCACCGAAGUGUUUUUCAGUGGGGUCCUGCAACUUUAAAUUACAGUAUAUUAAUUCAAUAUUUAGUCAUGCACUAUUUACAGCAACACAUAUAUACAAUAUAAUUAUUUAAGAGUAUUAAUAAAAACCUGAUUUCCACUCCAAUCGAAACGAAACACAACGCAUUUCUUUGUUUGAAGGGCAUCAAAUUCUAUCUGAAUGCUCACGAAACAAAUACAUACGCUACACUUGGCUGCGAUACGUUUGAAGUGGAAAACAGAUAAAGAUUGAGAGAGAAAGAUAAAUAUAAGUGAAGAAGUCGUAUAGUGGAGGACGAAAGAGAAUGAGAGGUUUAUACCUCGUAUACACACCGUCUUUUUAAUAAUUUUUUAAAGUUAUGUAAUGAAGUAGCGUUUUUUAGUUCACGUUCUAGAUUCUUAAAGUCUAUAGAAGCUUGAGACGUUGUUUUCCCUUGUUCGUAUUUGCUCGUGGUAUUAGAUGGAGAUCUCUGCGGUGUCUUGUAUAGUGUUCAUGAAUGUCUUUUAUAUAAUACCUUAUUGAAUUCUGAUCGCUUAAUUGGCUGUUUAUGGUCACGUGAUAUUGAAUAAAAAUUCCAUUUCCCAAGAGUGCAAUGGAAUGCGUUCCAUUGCACUCUUGCGAGUGCAAUUGUACUAUACGUUUUGUUCCAUUGCACUCUUUAAAUGCUUCUCGUACGGUGAUGACGGUGAUCGCAGUUUAUUUUAACCCGAUAUUCGAAACUCAGUAAAUGGGAUUUAACGCAAAUACGACUCGUCAAAAUGGCGAAAGCUUACAGUAAACCUUUUAAUAUUAGUCUAUUUCGGUAUUAUAUAAAACAAAUAAUGAAUGUUUUUAUUCGUGCAAUGGUAAGAAUAUUUUCAUUCGGUGAAAGAUGGAAUGUUCCAUUCAACUCGGCUGUCGCCUCGUUGAAUGGAACAUUCCAUCUUUCACCUCAUGAAAAUAUUCUUACCAUUGCACGAAUAAAAACAUUCAUUAUUUGUAUACUUAAAAGCUUUUAUUAUGUUUUGUCAUAUGUGUUGAGGAUUACCACAAACUCAUACAAACACAGUUUUUAAUCCAGUUCUCCCUCUCGGCAAUAUGACGUUGGUGUUGACAAGAACGUCUCUUCCUUAAGCUCCCUAUUGUGAUAUGAUGAAAAGAUCUAAUUAUUGUGGUGUUAGACGUUUAGGUAAAUUAUUUGAAGCGACGCUACUCUGUGUGAGUACCUAAAAAACUUGCUCAGGUUCGAUUCCCAACGCGGUCAAGCAAUACAUGUCGGGCUUACGUGUUCGUGUUUUCGCUCAGGAUCAUGUUGAAGAGUGUGAAUUUGAAGACGUGAAAUGUCCAGAUCCCAACUGCAACAUCGUCAUGGCAAGAAGCCGUCUUGAAAAUCAUCAGAAGAAUGAGUGCCAAUGGCGUGUUGUCGUCUGUGAUUAUUGUGAAGAUAAAUACGCCGUUUGCAAGGAGGAGGUACGUACGUUGUGGUCCAGGGGCGUAGCCACGGGAGGAAUGGGGGGCUCUGGACCCCUUCACUUUUCUCCAGGACUGAUUUGGUAAUUCUUCCAAAAUUGAUGAGAAACUUGAGGCGGGGGCGUAACUUCGUGAUGCUUUCAUCUAUGACAUAAAAUAUACCAAAUCUGUGGAAGAGAUUUAUCUUUUUAUGCUUGCUUCCCCAAGGUGCACAAAGCAACGUGCCGUGGCGUUCCUGAGAAAUGCAUCAAUGGCUGUUUAACCAGAGACAUACCACGAGGACAGGUCGGUAAUUACUCUUAAGUUAAACAAGACACGCUCUAGCUUGUCUUCCUUGUGGUAGUGUAAUGCAUUUUUCGCUCUUCCUUUUCAGAUGAAGAAGCAUGUUGAGAACGAAUGUCCUCUAACAAUCUUGCCAUGUCAGUACAGGCACGUUGGUUGUGAUGAUGAGGUAUGGAUAGGGGAAGCCGCGGAUAGAUAGGGAUACAACGAACGAGGGCCUUCCCGACGAAGGGCCUUCUCUUUGUAUUUUUCAGGUAGUAGUAUCCCUAUCCAUCCGAAGCUUUCCUAUUAUUGGCACUACCUAUACACUGGCAGAGACCAUCAUGGAUAAAGGCCAGUUUACGCUUGCAAUCUUUGCUGCGAUUUCUAGUGCAAUUUUUUUUUCUGAUGCAUGCGAACGAGUAGAUGAGUUCUGAGGCCAAAAAAAAAAUAUGUGGGUUUCCGGUUUCUUCUUAUAAAAACUUAGGUAGGGUAGGUCGGUUUUAACUUUUUUUUUUUAACUUUUUUUUAAUUUUCCGAAUAAGCGGACGCCAUUUUGAUUAGUCAGUGCUUCCACAUCCAAUGAUAAAUUUCCCUAAUAUUGCCUCAAAUUUCAAUUUUCCACAAACUUUUUCCUCUAAGUGGAAACACUUACAAGCAUGAUCCAAUAAAAAGUUUAGGGUCGGGAUUUCGACGUCCAAAAGCUAGGUAGGGUCGGGAAAUCGGAAACCCACAUUUUUUUUUUUGGCCUGAGUAUAUGUACCCUCAUCUGAACAUUCAUAGGCCUUAAAGUAUAUUAUGAGAAAUUCAAUAGAACACUUUCUAAUGAAAAUUUUCGAUAACCACUGAGUAUUCUAAUAAAAUACAAAACAAUGGAAACUCCGAAGAAAUUCAUAUUUUUAAUUCAACGUUUCGACUACUGUUGAGUCAUCAUCAGGAAUUAUGAAAGCUUUCAUAAUUCCUGAUGAUGACUCAACAGUAGUCGAAACGUUGAAUUAAAAAUAUGAAUUUCUUCGGAGUUUCCAUUGUUUUGUAUUUUACUCUCUAAUGAGGUGUUGUAUCCACGAUAUGAUAAUGAGGUGUUGUAUCCCCACAAAAUUCACUUGAUUUGCAUAAACCUUCAUCGUCCGUGUUGUAUCGGAUAUACAACCUCUCUCUCAAACUAUAUCUGAUACAACACGCUCAUGAGUGCUGUAUAUAUUGCUGUUCCACAUUUUUAAGAACUAGAAUAUGCAAUGUAGUUGCAAUAACAUCGUAACCCAUUCUAGAUCCGACGCCAUCAAAUGAAAGCUCAUCUCGAUCAGAAUCUUCAGAAACAUCUGGAUCAUGCUUGCGGUAAAAUACGUGACAUGGGUGCAGAUUUGCGUGAGAAGACUUUUCAACUGAACCAGCAUUCUGAGAAACUGGCGCUUCUGGCCACUGAACAGGUGCGUGAUUACAUUUCCUUAUUCCUUCGUUUCUCCUGGUUUUGUGAUAAUUCACCCAAUCCAACCUAAAAGAAAUUUCUCGACUAAACACUGAAACAGGUGACACAUACAACCUGGGGAAAUACAGAAACUUGCUGAUUUAUAUCACUUUCUAUAAGCCAAGAAAGAAUUUGGAAAAAGGUGUUCCAGCUACAGUGGUUCCGUUCUUUGGAACAAUCUUCCUUAUGAGGCAAAAAUCACUACAUCCAUAAGCUCCUUUAAAACGAUUCUGAAACAAACGAUGAGUUGAUGAAGCCGGCUCGUUUAUUUUCAUCUUUUGUCUUCUUAUUGUGUCAAGUAGAGAGUGCCCUUGAAAUGUUCCUAUGAAAGGCCUAUAAAAGUCUGGUACCAAAUAUCACAAUUCACAAGCAUUGUUUAGGAGCACAACGCUAAUCGACAUCAUACGACAUGAUUAAUUAUCUUAGAAAAAUAUCUAAUCAUGUCAGUCAAAUGGCACAACGCUUUAUUCAUUUCAUCAAAUGACCCACGUUCUGAAAGAUUCGCAUAACUUAGAGCCUUAAACGGACACCAAAACCCCUUUAGCAUGCAUGUUGAAAAUCCUCCCCCCCCCAAUAUUUCGUGAAGUGUCCGCGCCACUGCAUGACUGUUUGUAUUGUAAAUUUGCAUUCAUGUACACCCGGCCCUCAUGGAAACCAGGCUAUCUUGUUUAAUUUAUAUGUAUGUCCGUAUACUCUCGUUCGAUCCACUCGACCACGAUGCAUAUUAUUUUCGUUCUCAUGAAUUAUGCUCUCAUUAUAUCUUUUUCCAACCAGGCUCGCAACAUGACGGGUAAUGGCACACUCAUGUGGGCAAUUGACAACUUUGAAAUACGUUUCCGUCAAGCAGUGAAUGGAAUUGAACCAAUCUUACAAAGCGAGCCUGCGCUGACAGGCCCAUACGGAUAUAAAUUCCGCUCUUUGGUCUACCUGAACGGAGAUGCUAAGGCUAAAGGUAAUCAUGUUGACAACAUACUCAUUGCUAAAUCACCGUUAAUGUAUGCAACAAACAAAUAA